GUCAGGGUAAGCAGUAUAUACCGCACCAGAGAAUCUUGGGACCGUCUACUCUUGUUGUAGUCGACUGUCAUCAUUGUGAAACCCUAAAAUUCGAAUUUAUCCCUCACAUUGCAUGGAAAUGCUGCUUUCAGCAUAGCAUGCAGAGGAAGAAGUUAAUCACAAACCCUAGAUUGGUUUUGAUGCGAGCGUCUCGCUUACUCUCUCGCCUUCGCGACGAUUACUCUUCCUUCGGCUCUCGAUUUUCUGCUGCAGCCCUCUCUCCUCUCUCUGAAAUUCACAAAUCAUUUCAUUCAUCUGCGUCGCCGAACGAUCUCACCGACCAUCAUAGGUUUCAACUUGAUUCGCACACUCAGUUCAGUAAAGGACGAUGCUCCUUAAUUUCUUCAUUUGCAUUGCGAGGUCUUGUCCCUGUAAAUUGCUCGCAACGAGUAGUGGUUUCUUUAGUUCCAGUUUCAUUCGCCUUGAAUCACCAGUACUCCUUCCACCGGGGUUUUUUGACUAGGGCUAAAAAAAUACAGAUAGAAGUCGAUGAUCAUAGCCAGCAAGCUGUCACAACUGCAUUAUGGUGCAACUUCCUUGUUUUUUCUCUCAAGUUUGGGGUAUGGUUAACCACCUCAAGUCAUGUCAUGCUGGCCGAAGUUGUGCACUCGGUUGCAGAUUUUGCAAAUCAGGCACUUCUUGCUUAUGGUCUGAGUAGUUCAAGACGUGCCCCGGAUGCUCUCCACCCUUACGGUUAUUCAAAAGAAAGAUUUGUUUGGUCUUUGAUAUCUGCCGUUGGUAUCUUUUGUCUUGGUUCUGGUGCUACAAUUGUUAAUGGGGUUCAGAACUUGUGGACUUCACAGCCCCCUGGAAAUAUUAAGUAUGCAGCUUUGGUGAUUGCUGGUUCAUUCAUUAUUGAAGGUGCUUCCCUUCUUGUGGCCAUACGUGCUGUUAGGAAAGGUGCAGCUGCAGAAGGAAUGAAAGUGAGAGACUAUGUCUGGCGUGGUCAUGAUCCCACAUCUGUUGCAGUCAUGACAGAGGAUGGUGCUGCAGUUACUGGCCUUGCUAUUGCUGCUGCAUCAUUGGUUGCUGUUAAUGUCACAGGGAAUCCAAUUUAUGAUCCCAUUGGUUCGAUUGUAGUGGGCAACCUUCUUGGACUGGUGGCUAUAUUUCUUAUUCAGAGGAAUCGUCAUGCAUUGAUUGGUAGAGCAAUUGAUGAUCAUGAUAUGGAGAGGGUUCUUCAUUUCUUGAGAAAUGACCCGGUUGUAGAUGCUCUAUAUGAUUGCAAAAGCGAGGUCAUCGGCCCUGGAUUUUUUAGAUUUAAGGCAGAAAUAGACUUCAAUGGCGUGGUGCUGGUGCAAAAUUAUCUUAAAAGGACCGGACGUGAAGAGUGGGCCAGACAGUUCCGGGAAGCUGCGAAGGAAGAUGAUGACUCUUCAUUGCUGAAGAUGAUGUCAAACUAUGGUGAAGAAGUGGUUACAGCUCUAGGGAGUGAAGUUGACAGGCUAGAAAAGGAAAUCCAGGACAUCGUCCCCGGUAUUCGGCAUGUCGAUAUCGAGGCCCACAAUCCAAUUGUCCCUCCCCCCUGAUAUACAAUUCUGUAAUUGUGGAUUAUUUUUCUUAUAUUACCAAGAAAUAUUAAACAUUCAACAAGAGAUGUCAUUGGAAAGGCCUCUAGCAUGUCUCAUGCAGCCAUUCUGUUAAAAUAUCUAUAAAUGAUAAUAGUGACUCUAUUUUCUGUUGAUAUUUGAAUUCCCUUGUUUAAAAUUUAUUUGAAGAUCUACGUUUUUUUUUUUUCUCUC